UUUAACUCCACCAGGGAGUUUCUCUUGCGCAGCCGAGGUUUUGGGGAUUCGACUCCGGGCAGCGGACAACACCCCAUCUUCAGCUCCACAGCAGGGCCUCUACAUCACUCCCAUCCAGAAGGUCAGGGUCACCUACUUUUCCCUGGAAUCCACGAGCAGCACGGGUCCCAUCACGGCUCUCCAAACAUCCUAAACGGACGCCUUGGAAUACCCGGUGAGGUUUUCGGGCGAACGGAGCAGUAUCACCAAGUGCCCAAUGCGCGGGCCGAUCCUUACAGCCAGUAUGGCCUAAAUAUGAAUAUGAACAUGACGCACCAUCCCGGCGCAUUCUUCCGCUACAUGCGACAACAGUGCAUCAAACAAGAGCUCAUUUGUAAAUGGAUCGAUCCGGAGCUUGGUGACCCAAAAAAAUGCUGCAGCAAAACUUACAGCACCAUGCACGAGCUGGUCACACAUAUGUCCACGGAGCAUGUCGGUGGGCCAGAACAGUGUAACCACGUCUGCUUUUGGGAGGACUGUCCACGGGAGAGCAAGCCAUUCAAAGCAAAAUACAAGCUGGUGAAUCAUAUCCGAGUGCACACGGGAGAGAAACCCUUCGCGUGCCCCUUCCCGGGAUGUGGCAAGGUGUUCGCGCGUUCAGAGAAUCUGAAAAUACACAAACGGACACACACAGGAGAAAAACCGUUCCUGUGUGAAUUCGACGGCUGCGACAGACGUUUCGCCAACAGCAGUGACCGGAAGAAGCACAUGCACGUUCACACGUCUGACAAGCCAUAUCUGUGCAAACUGUGCGACAAGUCUUACACUCAUCCCAGCUCUUUAAGGAAACACAUGAAGGUUCACGAGGAUCACGUUCCGGUGGUCGACUCCUCUCCUGCUGGAAGCUCCGGGUACGAGUCCUCCACACCCUCCAGUUUGAUCUCUCCGUGUUCAGAAGCACACAGCACCAUGUCGCCGGACUCUGCCGCGCUCAACAGCAGCGCCCACAGCAGUUUAACGUCCAAUUUUAGCGAGUGGUACGUUUAAGGACCUCGCCAAAAACUGCAUAUAAAAGGAAAUAUUAUUUGUAAAUAGUAAAUGAGGGUUUAUGUUCUCAGCAUGUCUAAGAUUCAGUGUUGCACUGUGACUGAAGGAAGCCGGAAAAGUAUUAUGGGAUUAAAACGCAGGCUGUUUUCUUAUAUGAAGAAUAAAAUGUCCUUUGGUCAUUUUCCAAAGGCGAAGGAUGGAUGCAUAUUUCUGACUGUAUGCAUGUUUUGAAGUAAGGUCAUGUCAAGUUACGGUGUUUGAACACAAUAUUUCUGUCAUGUAGAAUAUUAGAGCUAUUUACGUGAUUGUCUUACCAUAAAAGUAUUAACGGGGAUCCUAAGUGCCGAAGUCAAAUGUAGCCUAGUGCGUUAAAAUGGACACAGUUCUGUGAAUGUAUUUUAUUGUAUUAUUUCCAUGUAUGUUACACAUGUCUGGAAAUCAUCCACUUCGAGUAGCUAAUUUUGAGAAAAGCCUCUUGUUCUUAAAUUAUGGUAUAGC